AUGACGGAUGACAAGUCGCCUCCACUUCACGCUGCGGAUGUCGAGAAGGAUGUGAAGAGACACGUCGACCCCACACUGGAAAAGCAUGCCCAAGAUGGGGAUGAAGCGUUGAAUGCCUUCGAGGAGCUGCAGGGAGAAACAAUCACCCUUGAUGAAGAAACAAACAAGCGACUGCUGAGGAUUAUCGACUGGCACUUGAUGCCUAUUAUGUGUUUCAUCUACGGCAUGAACUAUCUGGAUAAAACAACCUUGUCCUAUGCGAGUGUCAUGGGAAUAAAAACCGAUCUGGGGUUGAAAGGCGAUGAGUAUCAGUGGCUGGGCAGCUUGUUUUAUUUUGGUUACCUUGCAUGGGAAUAUCCAACCAACAGACUCCUCCAACGUCUACCCCUGGGUAAAUAUUCCGCCGCUUGUAUUCUGAUCUGGGGUUUGAUCCUCUGCUGCUUUGCUGCUGUCCACAACUACGCCGGGGCAAUCGUCAUCCGUUUAGGCCUCGGUAUAUUCGAAAGUGCAGUCACUCCGGGUUUUGCACUAUUGACGUCCCAGUGGUACACCAAACAAGAGCAAGGAAGUCGCGUCAAUAUCUGGUUCAGUUUCAACGGCUGGGGUCAAGUGCUUGGAGGACUCGUGGCAUACGGAAUUGCAGUUGGAAGUGAGAAGCAUGGAUCGACAAUCGAACCAUGGAAGAUCGUGUUCCUUUUCACAGGUCUCUUGACAGUCUGUCUCGGAUUAGUCUUUCUAUGGAUUAUCCCCGACAGUCAGCUAAAUGCACGUUGGCUCAAGAAAGAGGACCGCGUCCUGGCCGUUGUCCGGGUAAGGUCUAACCAGCAGGGAAUCGGGAACAAGCAUUUCAAGAUGUACCAAGUGAAGGAAGCGCUUUUGGAUCCCAUGACAUGGGCUUUCUUUCUCUAUGCCCUAAUUGCGGAUAUCCCCAAUGGUGGCAUCACCAACUUUUUCAACCAGCUGAUUACUAGCUUUGGAUACACGGAAGAGCAAAGUCUCCUCUACGGUGUUCCCGGUGGUGUUGUUGAAGUCAUCGCCCUUCUCAUAAAUGGUUACGUCGGUCAAAUCACAAAUCAGCGAGUCCUCAGCAGUUGUGGUGGCUUGAUUGCCUCCAUCGUCGGAAUGGUACUCAUAGUCGCCUUGCCCUUGACCAACAACGUAGGCCGUCUCAUCGGAUACUAUAUGACACAAGCUAGUCCGACGCCCUUUGUGGCACUGCUAUCGUUGGUUUCCUCGAAUGUUGCUGGAUACACAAAGAAGACUACUGUGGCUGCUAUCUACCUGAUAGGAUAUUGCGCUGGAAAUAUCAUCGGGCCCCAAGUCUUCCGUCCUCAAGAUGCCCCUCGCUACGUCCCGGCCGAGAUUACCAUCAUCGUCUGCUGGGGAGUGUCCCUUAUUCUCCUCGUUGCAAUUUGGUGGUGGUAUAAAAAGGAAAACGACCGGAAGGCUCGUAUUUGUGCCAGCCCUGACUACGUACGACUGGAGAACCAAGAGUGGUUGGAUCUGACGGAUAGAGAGAAUCACGAUUUUGUCUAUGCUCUGUAG